AUGGCGGGAAGCUCGGAUGAAAACUGUUCUGGCUGCAUUCCCCUUGUGGUCAGGUCUCCAUCGGUGGCCAUUUCCUCCCAAGGCUUUGCUCUUUCUGUACAGACCUGCGUCAUCCGUGCCUGGGACGUGAGCAAACCUUUGCUCUUCUGCCCUGCCAUGAACACCCUCAUGUGGGAGCACCCCAUCACGGCUCGGCAAGUGGGGCAGCUGAAAGAACUCGGCUACGUCGAGAUCCCUUGCGUCGUGAAGAAGCUGGUUUGCGGAGACGAAGGUCGGUGGUGGGCCUCUCCAGCCAAUCCCAUUAGUGCGAGGUGAAAAGAUACGUUACAGUUAUUUCUGACCCACGCUCCCUUAACAAGCAUGAAGCAGAGUCUUGGUCCUGGCAAUACCUCUUUUAUU